AUGUGGAAGCUGGUUUUGGUGGCCUCCAUCGCUGUCGGAAUCCACCUUGUCAACGCUGUCCAGAUAGCAUGGCUAAUACCAAUCUAUGUGGAGUUCGGAAUAUCGGAUAAAUGGACCUCUUUGGUGUGGCACGUCGGCGCCGUUUCUAGCUCUGUUUUUCAUCCCUUCCUUAGUUAUUACAGCAACACCUGUAAACUUGGGUGGCGGCAUCAUCCUUUUAUGUUUGCGGGUGCCGUUGGCGCCACCAUAUCUUUUUGGACAAUUGGAUUCGCCAAAGACAUUAGGUACGCCUUUGGAGACAACCUCUGCGAGUAUACUCAGUAUCGCGCCUUAAUCAUUUUUGGGAUCGGAUUGUGGAUGUUGGAGAUUUUGAUCAAAAUGAUCGAUGCUCGCUACAGAGACCUCCUUGAUGAUCUUGCCAGCAGAGACCAAUCAAAGAACAGACUGGCAUACCAGUUCUUCUCAUUCAUCAUGGCAGUCAGAACUGAACUGGGUUAA